AUGCACAGCCUCGCUGUGGCUGCUGCAGCCGCUGCCGUGAUUCUAAGGCAGGCCGCAGCAGGCACAGGGACGCAGUGCUCCCAGCGAGACAUGGACCUUCUGAUUGGCGCAAUGGGCGCAAGGGCAGCAACGGGCGCAGGCCCCCAAACGAUGGGAAGCGGCGGGGGCGGAGGGGUGGGCUCUGGCAGCCGCGAAGCUGCUGACUUGCUGGAGAGUCUGAGAGCGGCGGAGAGGACAGCCAGGGGAGGGGGUGGCGCAGCUGUAGAGACGCCUGCGGGGGGGAAUGGCGCAGGAGGGGGCAUGAUGGUGGAGGCGGAGCAAUUGGGGGAGGGUCAGGAGAGGUGGGGGGGUCAGGGACAGGUGGCGCUGGGUGUGAGUGAGAUGCGUUGGGAAGUGCGAGGACAAGAAUUGGGAAGAGAGGGGUCUCAGGCAGGAGGUGCUGCGAGGACGGCAGUCAUAGUGGCCAUGGCACAACAGGCCCAGCAGACUCGUAGAAGCGGCUCGUUUCAGGAUACUGUAUCAGCUGCGUGGUCAGAGUCUGCUGGUUCUGACUUGGAUGCUGCAAUGUGGGAGGGAGGGCAGAUGGAAGGUGGAGGACAGGUGGGCAGAGAUAGGGAGGGUAGCGUGGAGGUGGAAGGUGGUGUGGACACAGAACUAGAGAGGUUUCUUAUGGGCAUUGUGAGUGGCGCAGGGAUGGCGGAAGAUGAUGGGAGAAGCAGCCUUGCAGGUGGAGAUGCUUAA